GCUCUGUUACAGGAUUUGAGCAGCAAGGACGUGAAGCGUGAUCUCCACCUUGUCAUCCAUGUCAUCAGAAUAGGGCGUAUGCUAUUAAAUGACUCUCGGAAAGGUCCCCCUCACAUCCAUUACCGGCGCCCAUACGGGUGCGCAGUGCUGAGUCUGGGGGAGGUGCUGCCCACACUGUGCGAGCAUCGGGAGGAGAAGGAUUUUGUUCUGAAGGUGUAUAUGUGUAAUAAUGAGAAUGAGUGGUACCAGAUUCAUGAGAACAUCAUACGCAAGACCAGCACCAAGUACUCCACACCAAGCUCCAACUACGGGCUUAUCGUGUCUCUACAGCUCCUGAGGGGAGACAUGGAGCAGAUCCGUAGGGAAAACCAGCUGCUGCUCAACAGGGGUGCAGCCGUUACCCGCAAACUGGGCUUCCCUGAUGUUAUUAUGCCAGGGGAUGUGCGCAAUGAUCUCUAUGUGACUCUGGAAAAGGGCGACUUUGAGAGAGGAGGGAAGAGUGUGCAGAAGAAUAUCGAGGUCACUAUACACGUGUUGUACGCCGACGGAGAGAACCUGAGGGACUGCGUCAGCCUGGGUACCGGAGAACCGUCACGCACGCAGUAUCAUUCCUUUGUCCUCUAUCACAACAACAGCCCCCGCUGGGGGGAGCUCAUCAAACUGCCCAUCCCUAUCGACAGGUUCCGGGGGUCUCAUCUACGCUUCGAGUUCAGACACUGCUCUACAAAGGAUAAGGGAGAGAAGAAGCUGUUUGGAUUCUCCUUUACUCCUCUGAUGAGAGACGAUGGGACGACACUGUCUGAUGAUAUCCAUGAGUUGUAUGUCUACAAGUGUGAUGAGAACAGCACCUUCAACAACCACGCACUGUACCUAGGCCUCCCCUGCUGCAAGGAUGACCUGAGCGGCUGCCCCAACAUCCCGUCUAGUCUGAUCUUCCAGCGCAGUCCCAAAGAGACGUUCUCUGUCUCCACGCAGCUCUCCUCCACAAAGCUCACACAGAACG